AAUACGUGGGAUUAUUUAUUAAAAGAUGAAAGAUGAAAACGAUCUAGAGGUAUGAACUUUAGUGUAUCGUGUACCUAAAUGGGUUCAAAACAGAAUACGUCGGAUUAUUUAUUAAAAGAUGAAAACGAUCUAGAGGUAUGAACUUUAGUGUAUCGUUGGUGCUACAAUGAGAUGGCAAGUGAUUUGGCUUGCCACUCUAGGGUUGCUAAACGUCUUUAAAGUUGGCUUCACUCUCCCAACUGCUCGGAUUGGUGUCAUUCUCGGAUUCAACAUUACCGCUAACAAUUACAUCAUGAAAAACGCCAUUGACAGGAUUAACAACCUCCACAGAAAAGCAUUCAACAUUGAAUUGGUCCAUUUACCUUGGAGCCUGAGCCCGGAGUUGUUUUACGAAGAUGUAUGUAAAAGAAUCGAGGCUUACCCUCUUAUGGCUUUAUUAGUGGUAGGGGAAAGUUCCCAUGUGAAGCGAGCAACAGUAAUUAGUCGCCAACUAGGAUUACCCCUGAUGGCGUUUGAUACAACAAGUACCGGAAAAACAAUAAAGGACAAUGCACAUCUUUACCUCCAACUGGAGCCAUCCAGAGCAGUCCUGGCCAGAGCGGUCCUCGCCACUCUCAAUGAGAGUGAUUGGAUGACCAUUUCCCUCGUCCUAGAGGAAAGUUAUGCAACGGAUGGCUUUGAACGCUCAAUUAAGCAGACAAUGGGGCUGGACACUCGUUGGACAUUAGCUAAUGAUGUGAGGAUCAAUAUGAAUGAAGACGAUGAUUCAAUAGUUGGUAAACUCAACAUACUACAUGAUAGCGAGGCACGGAUUCAUAUACUCCAUUGUUCGGAGAAAUUAGCUAGACGUAUCUUUGAGUUAGCAGCCACUGUCGGUGGAGGCGCAGAUAGCCUAAUGGGAGAAGGGAAUGCAUGGGUUACAACAGAUGUUGCAAUACAUCAAUGGAAACCACAUGCUUACCCAGUUGGGCUUGUUGCAAUCGUUUUUGAUAAGAACACAAAUAAUAUUCUUGAUGAUUUACUUCAUGUAUUUUUGCUAGCAAGUAACAAGCUUGCUUUCAUCACUCCCAACUAUGCACAUAUUAUAGAAGAUAUCUCUGCAACACAGUCUUGUUGGAGAACACCUGGCCCCAAGGCUAGGUCUAUUUCAAACACACUCUACAGUUCACUUCUUCAAAUCAACUACAAAGGAAAAGGCGGGCCUUUAUCCUUCAAUGAACAGGGUUAUAGGGAGCAGGCAAAUUUCAGCAUCAUAAAUCUUGUCUCCAUUUAUGGUAGUCAAAAAUGGAGAAAAAUAGGCUCAGUUCAUAAUGACAUUGUAAAUGUUACAACCAUAGUGUGGCCAGGGAAUACAGUAUCAGGUCCUCUAUCACGAGGAAAGAAGAAAUAUCGUGUUGUGACUAAUAUUGUUGAGCCAUUCGUGAGAGCCUUUACACCAUAUAAGGAGGAUAAGUCAUGUGUGUCAACCGUCCCUUGUUUGGAUGUUAAUGGCACACGUGAUGUCACAACUCUCGAUGCUAUAUUCGAUGACUAUGCAAAUGGAACAAUAUCCCCAUCCAGGCCCUAUGAGAUUAAAUGCUGUGAAGGGUUAUCUAUUGAUAUUCUAGAGCGACUCUCCAGAGACUUGGAGUUUGACUAUGAUUUAUACAUAGUAGGGGAUGGCAUGUAUGGAGCAAUAGUAAAUGGUUCCUGGAAUGGACUAGUGGCUGAUUUGAAAAGUGGAGCUGCCCAAAUGGCUAUGGCUGCUUUCAGUAUAACAGGCAGCCGAAGUGCUGUUAUUGACUACACUGAACCAUACUUUCACUCUGGCUUCUCAAUUUUGGCUGCAGAGAAAAAGAAGGAAGUUGAUUAUAAUGCCUUUUCUCAACCAUUUGAUGAAAGUGUGUGGAUCUGUAUAGCAGUGUCUGCUACUGUUACUGCUAUUGCUAUGGCAUUGUUUGAAUGGAACAGUCCUUUUGGACUUAACCCUUGGGGCAGAAAACGCGCCAAAAACUACACGCUGGCAUCAGCACUUAAUAUGGUCUAUGCAAUUCUCUUUGGCCACACAGUAAAAACUAAAAGUCCUAAAUCCUGGCCGUGUAAAUGGUUCCAAAAUUUUUGGGCUGCUUCAUCAAUUUUUAUCUUCGCUAGCUACACAGCUAACCUGGCGGCCUUUAUUGCUGGAAAGAACGAGGCUCUUCUGAUCAGUGGUAUACACGAUCCAAAGUUAUUUGAUGAUCGUGUUGGAUCUUUGGCUAGCAGCUCAGUACAGAGUUAUAUCAAGUUACUCAACCCUCCACUGUAUGAGCAUACAGUGAAGAACCAACAGCCCAGCACAAUGGAGGGUGUCCAAGCACUGAAAACUGGUAAGAUAGAUGCUUACCUCGAUGAUACUCCUGUUUUGGAGUAUGCCAGGGCCACUAUGGACAACGACUGUAAGCUAAAGAUGGUAGGGCAGGGCUUUGGGGAUGAUGGCUAUGGAAUAGGCCUACAGAAAAACUCAUGGAUUCAGGAAGUGUUGUCUAAGAAGAUAUUAGACUACCACGAAAGUGGAUACAUAGAGGACCUCAGACGUCACUACUUCAAUGUACGAGCAUGUGCCAGAGAGGGGGCGAAACAAGAGGGUCUACAACCAACACAUUUUGCUGGUUUAUUCUAUGUACUGCUGGGUGCUCUCAUCUUCUCCUUUAUUAUGUUGUUGUCAAUGGAAUAUGCCUUGUUCAAGUGGUUCGUCCCCUGGUGCCGCAGGAGGAACUCCAAAAGCUUCUUUAAGAGCCUUCACAUGAUGUUUAUCAGUCAGAGAUUAUUUCGCAUAAUCACCAGUGAGAAGUUAGUUUCUCCAAACCAUUCCGCCAAGGAGAUGGGACAAAUACUCAAGUCACGACAAUUCAUCCAGCUUUUCCAGAAAAGUGUUAAAAAAAAAGAUAAGAACCCGGUAGUGAAAAGGAAGAAUGACUUCUUCAACCUUGUGGACCAGUUACGUUGGCAACAAACCGUCGAACUGACGCAAGCCCAGGGGAAACGUCGAAGACCAACUAUGCAGGAAAUACAACAAGAGUUCCAAUUCAAGAAACUCAGUGUAAAAUCAUUGGAUAAUAUCAGUGGUAGUGAGGCAGGGAGUGCGAUCAGUGAAAGCAAUAUUAAUGCAAUAGAUAGUUACUUUGAAAAUGCUCUCAGAGGAGAACAAUCUGAAGCAAGUAUAAAUAAUAUCUUGGAUGAUCUUGGUCAUGAAGAUGAUUGGCCAACAGACUGGGAGGCGGAGUGGAUCGCGGAGGAUGGGGAAAGUAUAAUCUCUAAUGAGAAUGAGACAUCGUAUUCCCCAAACACACACGCAAACUUGGCAUAUAGUGAAUCGGCAGGAAGUGAUAUCAUAUCACGACGCAGCAGUGUACAAAGCAGUAGUGUAAAAUCAAGAAAAGGCUCAAAGAAACAGCAGACAAUUAGGGAGGUAGCACAGCCACCGAAGAUACUCGAGUAUCGCAAGAUAAACUCUGCAAGUAGUGGCUCUCCACCCGAUUCUGUGCACAACAACUUGGGCAGGAGCUCUUCAGAAGCGGAGGAGACAAUGUCGAAUGGAGAAGUGCCAAAUGGAGUGUUAAUACUCUCACCAACAGGGGAAAUAUUUGCUUGUAAUGCAAUGAAUAAAAAUACUCGAACUACUGAUUUUCUUCCAAAAAAAGACCGUGGUGGAAACUGGCGUAAUUUGACUUCCUCUCUCCCGGAGAGUAUGAAAACUCUUCCACUUAAGGAUAACAGAGUUAAGCAAAAUUUCAGGCAGAGUAUAUCGAGUAAUCAAAAAAAUGUAGAAGCAGGAAUGUCCGACAGUGAUACAGAAGAUAUUGAAAGUAUAAAACUGGACAAUGUCAGUAAAGAAGAGAUAGUUUACAUGUGGAAGCAGGCAAUGGUGCAAUUGAACUCAAGACUAAGACAAGCUCUUAAAGACAAAGCCAAACUUGAGAUAAAGCUUUCACAAUUAAACACAGUGGAAAAUUCCUACCUUUAAUCAAGCAAUACUGUUUAAUAGUAUAGGACAACUAGUCAGAUAUUAUAAUGCAAUACAGUUCAUGUUCCUUCCUAUACAUAUUUUUGCUCCGUCUACGAGGAGUGCUUAUAUAUAUAUACAGUAUACGCUAUACAGUGUUCAUUUUACUUGAAUUUGUAUAUAAAGUGUAAAUAUAUACAGUCAUUUUUAGGUUUGUGAUUACAUAAACCAUUUGUUAUUGUUAAUAUUAUACCAAAUGGUAUAGGAGAACCACAUUUUGCAUUUCUCCAGGUUUUAACCCUGCUGUAUAUUAAAUGGUAGCAUACUAAAAUAAUUAAGACUUUUUUUCUUGUAUUUAAUAGUCUGUAAAUGUCUUCACGCUCUCGUUUAACAUUAAGUAGGUGUUCUUUAAUGGUUUAGACUCCAUGUUCUAGAGAUUAGCUCUCAUUAUCACUGCGAUUCAAUAUGCUAAACCAACGUCUAUGAUGUUCUUGGUCGAUGCUCUGAUUUUACUGAAAAUAAACACAUUUAAUAUAAUUAUAUGACAGAGCUCCUUCAUCUUUGGAUUUUGAAUUGCUUUUACAAAUUCCAAAUACUGUUCGCUACAUUGAUGUUAGUUUUUAGAGUUAUCAGUUAUGGGAUUUCCUAUAAAAUUAGCAUUCUAAGAAGCAUUAACUACAUUUGUGAUGUUGUGCAUGUAAACACAAGAAUUUUGAUGUAGAAGCCUCCGUGAUUUUGAUCUUUUCGCCUGGUUAUAAUAACACAGUACAUCAUAUCUUGCUUAACAUUCAUGUCUAGUAGUCCUCCAAUGUCAUGUUUAUCUACACACUCUGCAAAUCUUAAGUUAUCACGAUGGCCGAAGUCAUUUUGCGGUUCAAUCUGACAUUUUGCAAAUUACAUUUAUGUAUUUAUCACAAAUUACAGGGGACUGUGUUCUUUGUUUCCUUCUAAUUCUGUCUUGUCUUUAAUGUUUUAUUGUAUUGAUCUAAAGUCUGAAGAGGAUCUUGUGGAUCUGAUCCCGGGAUCUGAUAGGUUUUAAUCUGUAAAACUGUGUAUUCAAUGAAACUUUGUUACUUUACUUACUUAUGUUUCCUAAUACUGAUACAAAUCAUAUAUAAACAUUUACUUUUGGACUUCAUUACACAAAUAUGUCAACAACCUCAGAUAUUACGUGAUGACAGACCGUUCUGUAGAAGCAUUUAUGUAUGACAGUGAUUCACAGAAUUUACACAUCACGUUAUUAUAAUACAAUAUGCUAAGAGAAAUCAAUAAAGUAA